AUGAUAUCUGCCGCUGCAUCGCCCUCCAUCAGGGCCUUGCAUAGCCGCGACCCAUCACCAUCUCCACGCACACAUCCUUUGGCUCGCAUGCCGUCGAUACAACGAGUGAACAACACUAGUAAUUCAUCUGUCACUGCCAGUCCUUACCUCUCCUCCCUCGCCUCUUCUCCACUGGCCUCGCAAUCUCUUACUCAAUUUUCUCACUUGGGGAGCCCUGCUCCCCUUGAACUACCCGAAUCCAUCGUCUACAGCUCCCAGCCCUCCCUGAACCAGCGGGAACCUACGUCUAGCUCCAAGUCUGCCGGAAUCAUUCGCAAGCUUUCCCAAAGUGCAAGGGACGGAGUUUCAUCCACGCGACAGAUCUUGAGGCGGAAGGCAUCCUCAUCUGCUCAGAGCCGCCGAGAUGAAAGCACAGGUCCCAUCACACGGAGACGAAGUGAUAGCAAGACCGCUACCACUGCCACAUCGGGAGCUCCCGAUUUACCUUCUUACGACGUGCCACCAUCAGCAGAAUUCCAUGCUGGCUUGGGGCUCUUCGAUACUAUAAGCCUCUCCAGUGAACCAACAUUGAUGGAUGCCAGCCCCGAGGGUCAAGCUCCGUGCAUCCCAGAACGCCUUGUGGGUGGCUGCCUUUUGACCAAGAUCACCAAGCACAAGAAACAGGAGAAGUUGUUCUUCCUGGAUGUGGAAGGCUCUCGUGUAUCUUGGAGAGGAGCUGUGACAAUGAAAGCCUUCCACAUCGACAAUAUCAAGAGCAUCCGCAGUGGAGAGGAGGCAGCCAGUUACCAGCAAGAGCUUCGUGGAGAGGCUGUUGAUCCCGAGCUUUGCUUCACAAUCAAUUAUGCAGCUUCGGACUCUUCCAAGACCGUCAAGACAUUGCAUCUCGUUGCACACAAUCAUUCCGAUCUUCAACUGUGGCUAGUGACUCUUGAAAGCGUGUCCAAACAUCGCGAAGAUUUAAUGACAAGCAUGAUAGGGUCGACGGAAAGAGAAUCGGUGAUCCGCGCUCACUGGGACAACGAGCUCGAGAAGCGGUCCCAUAGAUUCGAUCAACCAAAGGUUGACGGUCUUGACCUAUCGGCCAUCAGAUCUCUAUGCCGCAAGCUACAUAUUCAUGUCCCGGACAAGGAGAUAGAACUGCAGUUCACGACUGCAGAUGUAUCAAAAUCCAACGUGCUCAACUACGAAGGAUUCAGAGACUUUGUCAGACAUCUUCGCGAGCGCCGCGACAUCAAAAAGAUUUUCAACGAUCUCAAAGAUGAUUCAAUACCCGGCAUUACACGCUCUCAAAUUGUUUGGUUCCUUGAAAACGUACAAGGUGUUAACUUCAACACAGUCUCGGAGGCUUCCAAGUGGGCUGACAAGCUCGAUGAGCUCAUCUCACGCUCAUUUCUGGAUGACCCAUUGAUGCGAGGAUGUGGCUUGAUUGACCUGAAUGCUUUCACAUCAUUCAUUUUGUCCAAAGACUGUCACAUCUAUGCUCAAUCAGAAGAGCCAACGCCCUGCUUCGAUCGUCCACUCAAUGAGUAUUUUAUCUCGAGCUCCCACAACACCUACCUUACAGGCUGGCAAGUCGGAGGCACUUCGUCGGCGGAAGCUUACAUCACCGCCUUACGCCAUGGAUGCCGUUGCAUCGAGAUAGACUGCUGGAACGGCUCCGAUGGUAAGCCAAGAGUCACUCACGGCCGAACUCGGACCACCGCUGUCAUGUUUCUGGACUGCAUCAAUGCCAUCAAUAGAUGUGCGUUUGAGAAUUCUCCCUAUCCUCUUAUCAUUUCCCUAGAGGUCCAUUGUGACCUGGAGCAGCAGGCGAAAAUGGUUCAAAUCAUGAUCGAGGUAUUUGGAGAACGACUUCUACUUCACCCAUUACCCAACUCCACUACAAAGCUACCUUCCCCAGAGCAACUGAAGAACAAGAUUUUGAUCAAGGUCAAAUCUACAGAGCUUCAUGCUGACCUGGCUGCUUCUCGUCGUGCGACCUCUAUACGACGCGAUCGGAGUGGAAGUUCACCAACUCGAGGUGUUCAAUCCUUGACGACCAACUGGCUUGAUACCUCAGCGGCUUUUGCUUCGAGCCCGGCUCUGGUCACACCUCCAGAAACAAUCUAUUCACCAACCACCGAUCGUUCGCUGGUUGCAACUAGCGCGAGCAGCGGCGACGACGAAAGUGAUGUUCCUGCAACUUCUUCCCCAGUCGAUACCCAACGACAGGUGGCCAAGUUGAGCAAGGUUGGUGCCACCCUCUCCGCACUUGGCGUCUACAUGAAAGGUUACACACUUCGUGAGAGUCGCGACCUCCGUUUCCAGCUUUACAAUCAUAUCUUCUCCUUGAAUGAGAACCGCGCCAUUGAGCUAUGCCACUCUGCGGAGGACAAAGUGUUGUUUGAGGAUCACAAUCUUAACUACAUGUCCCGCGUGUAUCCCAAAAACUUACGUGUGCAAUCGUCCAAUUUUGAUCCCAAUACAUUCUGGCGACGGGGUGUCCAGAUGGUUGCGCUGAACUGGCAGACUUACGAUGCACACAUGCAGAUGAACCAGGCCAUGUUUGCUGCCGGCACGGAUGCCUUCGGAUACGUGCUGAAACCCGACUAUCUUCGCAAGACGCGAACCAAACAGGGCGAUUUUGAACAUCGCGUCAAAUUGCCACGUUACAAGAUGAAGUUCUCUGUGCAGAUCAUCUCGGCUCAACAACUACCAAGACCUGCCAACAUGAGCAGCCAAACGCCUCUGAACCCAUUCAUCGAAGUACAGAUGUUCAGUGCUGAAGAUAGAGCGCGGGGCAUCGCUAAUGGUUCUGGUGGACAAGAACCUUACUCGAAUGGCUAUCAUGGGAUUGGCUCACCCUACCGUCGACAAACACAAAUUGUUCUCGGAAAUGGCUACAACCCUCAGUUUGGGGAAAAUAUCGAGCUCUCCUUGGAGACCAAAUACCCCGAGUUGGUCUUCGUCCGAUUCAUCGUCUGUAACUCGGACGAUGGCCGACCUUAUGGAAAAGGUGUCAAGCAGCUAGCAGCCUUUACAUCCAAGCUUGACAGUCUACAGAAGGGCUACAGGCAUCUACCUCUGUAUAACGGCUACGGCGAAGAGUUUAUCUUUUCUACCUUGUUUUGUAAGAUUGCCAAGCAAGACCCGAAACUGAUGCCGUGGUCAUUGCAAGAUAUCAACGAUAGGCCAUCGAGGGCAAACAUGUUCCGUGGCAUACUCUCACGUGGAUUGUCAGGUGAUCGUGGUCGAGAUCGAUCCACUAGCAGUGUUGAGGACUUGCGCAAAUGGGAUCAGCGAUCCAUCAACCGGGAAAUUGAAGAGACGGUGGUCAGGAGAUGA